GGGAGAGGGAACAGCGGCGAGGACCACAGCCACCUCGGAAGGCGGCCCCGGCCUCGCCCGGCCUGAAGCAGCCCAGGAGGAAGAGGAUGUCGGAGGAGCCCGAGGCGGAGAGGAUGAUUAAGGAAACGUCUAUUUUGGAAGAAUACCACAUUAACUGGACUCAGAAGCUGGGAGCUGGCAUCAGUGGCCCAGUCAGGGUCUGCAUGAAAAAGUCGUCUCAAGAACGGUUUGCGCUGAAAAUCCUUCUUGAUCGCCCCAAAGCUAGAAAUGAGGUCCGGCUUCACAUGAUGUGUGCCAUGCAUCCCAACAUUGUCCAGAUAAUCGAAGUCUACGCUAACAGUGUGCAGUUCCCUCAUGAGUCCAGUCCAAGGGCCCGGCUCCUCAUUGUAAUGGAGAUGAUGGAAGGAGGUGAACUCUUCCACCGAAUCAGCCAACACCGGCACUUUACCGAGAAGCAAGCAAGCCAAGUAACAAAGCAGAUAGCUUUGGCUUUGCAGCACUGUCAUUCAUUGAACAUUGCGCAUCGAGACCUCAAGCCCGAGAACCUGCUUUUCAAGGACAAUUCUUUGGAUGCUCCGGUGAAGCUCUGUGACUUUGGCUUUGCCAAGGUGGACCAGGGAGACCUGAUGACGCCACAGUUUACUCCAUAUUACGUGGCACCUCAGGUACUCGAGGCACAGAGAAGGCAUCAGAAGGAGAAGUCUGGCAUUAUCCCUACCUCACCAACACCCUACACAUAUAAUAAGAGCUGUGACUUAUGGUCCUUGGGCGUCAUUAUCUACGUGAUGCUAUGUGGUUACCCACCUUUCUACUCCAAGCACCACAGUCGGACAAUUCCCAAGGACAUGAGGAAGAAGAUCAUGACGGGGAGCUUUGAGUUUCCCGAAGAAGAGUGGAGCCAGAUCUCUGAAAUGGCAAAAGACAUUGUGCGCAAGCUACUGAAAGUUAAGCCCGAGGAACGACUGACCAUUGAAGGUGUCCUGGACCAUCCCUGGCUGAACUCCACCGAGGCUCUGGAUAACGUCUUGCCCUCGGCGCAGCUCAUGAUGGACAAGGCGAUGGUGGCGGGGAUCCAGCAGGCGCAUGCUGAGCAGCUGGCCAACAUGAGGAUCCAGGACCUCAAAGUCAGCCUCAAGCCCCUCCAUUCUGUCAACAACCCCAUCCUUCGCAAGCGGAAACUCCUGGGGACGAAGCCCAAAGACAGCGUCUACAUCCACGACCCAGAGAACAGCAGCGAGGACUCCAAUGUGGCGCUGGAGAAGCUCCGCGACGUCAUCGCCCAGUGCAUCCUGCCGCAGGCUGGUAAAGGUGAGAAUGAAGACGAGAAGCUGAAUGAAGUGAUGCAGGAAGCCUGGAAGUAUAACCGGGAGUGUAAAUUGUUACGAGACACACUCCAGACCUUUAGCUGGAAUGGCAGAGGCUUUGCGGACAAAGUCGACAGGCUCAAACUGGCCGAGAUUGUGAAGCAAGUCAUCGAAGAGCAGACCAACUCCCAUGAUUCUCAAUAGCCAGUGCUGGCUAUUCUCAACUGCAACUAUACUACCCCCACCCCCAUUUUUUUAACCCUUUCAGAAUCUUCCUUUACAACUGUAAAAAGAAAAGUAAAGAAAAGGAGUAUUUUUUAAUGUAAAUUAAUAAAUCCUUAUUUCAUGAAUUUUUUCCACGCAGCUCGACGAGAUGCUGUAAAGAUGUAGAUAACAAGAAUCACUGGUACUGUAAUAUUUUAAAAAAAACUCAGCUCCUCUAGAUGUGGACAUAUAUAUAUUCAUGGAUAUGUAUGAAUAUAUAGGGGUAUAUAUAUUCAUAUGUGUGUGUGCAUAUAUGUCAGAACAUAUAGAGCUAUCAAUGCAUAUAUAUAGAUAUAUAGAGAGAUAUAUAAAUGAUUUUUAUGUACCAUUGAAUUCCUGAUUCUGUUCAAUGGGGCAAAUUAAUACCAAUCGUGUUCUCUUCCAUAACCAGAUACGGUUGUCCCUCUCCAGCAGCCUGUAUGGAAUGGCACCGGCCCACAACAGCGAAUGUUUCUCUAUUUCUAUUUACAUACUUGAUGUAAGAACCAGAGGGAUGGGAACAGCAUGGUUGUCCCUCCCCCUUGUCUUCCAAGGCAGCCUCAAGGUAGUCCGCUCUCGGCCCUUUCUGCCUCGGGUCUUCCGGCCUUCCAUUGCAAGCCUUUGUUCCCGCUUUGAGGACUGGAAACCAUCCUUUAUAGUCUGGAAAGUGCAACUUUUCUUGUUUCUCUUACUAUCUCUGUUGGCAAAGAAUUUGUACCUAAGUCUCGUCUUCUAUCUUUUGUUUUUCAAGUCAGCCCUCUGGGCGGUUUUGGUGCCCUUUAACUGCUUUUGGCAAGAACUUUGGAUUUGUGGGCUUCCUCCACCCUCUAUUUUUACAGUUCACUUACUUCCAUGUUUUCUUGAGCUGUACCAUCUCAUGUCAUCCAUGUUUGGUUCUUCCUAGUUGCCGUCUUCCUGGGGAUGGUGGAGGUUGUAGUACAAGCCAGAUCCCAAACUACUUGGAGAUGAGGCUUUUUUUUAGUUUAGUCCACAUGUGUCAAACACAAGUUCACGGAUCGAAUCCGGCCUGCAAGGCUUCCAAUGCCAGAGCAACAUAGUUGCAUUUAUACAAUCUUACAAUGUUUUGAAGGCAACCAUAAGGCUGACGUGGCCCUUGGUGAGAAUGAGUUUGGCAGCCCUGGUUUAGUCCUUUGUCACUGAUCUGUUUGAGAUGAAUGAGCCAGUAAAAUGGCUGAGUUUAGUACCCCAACAGGUUGGAACAAGGGGGACUGAGGCAUAAAAACAGGCCCCGUGUCUCACCUGCAGUAUGUUUGCAUUAGCCGAGACACAUGCAAGGAAGCUUCUUUGGAGGUGCCCUCAGAAAUAAAGGUGUUGAUUGGGACAAGCGAUAUUUUUUUUUCCUUCCCAGUUGCAGGAAAGGUCGAGUGGGAAGCAGAGUCUCUCUGCUUCGAUGCAAACUGUACAAGCCAAAAUAUGGCCUUAGGUUUGUCCAUGGAAAGUGAAUUGCAUUGCCAGCAUAUCAGCAGUUUGGGCCUCUGGACAAGUCCAAGGCUGCUGGUACUUCUUCCAUUCUUGUAGCAUAGAUACCUCUGUUAACAAAGUCAGUGUGUUCCUGAAUGUAAACAUUAGGCCCCAAAGGCAGAACAAAAUCACAGGAGAAGACUAGGGUAAGAGUUCUAUACCCUCAAAAAGAACAGUUCAGUGCUAACUUCUUUCUCAUGCAUUUGGAGUGAAACAUCCGGGUCCGGGAAGUCUUCCAUAAGUCACUACAGAAGCCAUUUGAAGACUGCUUCCAGGAAGAAACUUUUCCUUCCCACUCACCACAACUUUUCUUUCAAUUCCCAGUUUGGUGGCUAUUGCUAACCUUCCAGAUCAACUUUUUAAAACGUGCUGAUGAGACAGGCUGGCUUGUUCUCCGCAUGCCUUUCAGUUUGCUGUUCAUGCUUUCUCAGGGUUCUAGGAGGCAGCUGCUCUUUCCUUGGCCUGUUAUAGGUUGGCACACUACAACUGAAUCCUCAUCUUUCUCAGCUUAGGCUUUGUUUACAUGCAUUUCCAAGUCCAUUAAACAGUCGAGGGCUUUCGGCCCACCCUUCUUGGCGUGGCUUGCAUAUGUUUCCCUGAUCUUACAAAACAAGCAAACACUGGCACCCCUUCCUCUUGAAAAUGCCAACAACCCCAUCAAGGCAACGUUGUGUUCCAUGGUUAUGUGUGAACAGAGCUUUGCUGCUUUGUUGACUGUGGGCAGGGCAGAAGCAGCAUGCCUUUCUGAGUCUUCUCUUGAUCAGAAGGUGCUUUUUAGGGCUGGGCAGGGAAAUGGGAUGGUGCCAUUCCAACUGACUAAGGUCUACCCAUUCCACUAAGGGGAUACAUUAGAGAGCAGGCCUCUAGAGAAGCUCUUCAUAUGGCUCUUCAUAUGGCCACCUUUCUCCGGUUGCCCAUUAGGGACAACAGAGAGGCCAUCAUGGUUGAAGAGCACCAGUUUUGCUGUAGGGGAAGAUACUACAAGGAAAAUAGGAUUUCUCCCUUGGGAGGCAAUCUUUUCUGAAUAUACCUGAUAGGUAUCAGCUUCUUCCAAUUACUGGCUGUCUGAAAAUGCAUUUUGAGUUCCAAGGCAAUGUUUUCUGUGUUUUAUUUUCCCUCUUACAAAUUCUGCUGCAGCGCACCUUUGGAGGAAGAGUGCUCUGCUGACUUAGAAGUGGCAUGAAAAACUGGUUUAUCUUAGGGCUUUUUUGCAAGAAAUGCUGGCACAUGUCCAGGGAGAUGAAUUUGAGAGUGGAAAGGGCAAUGCGCCUAGCGCGUAUCCAUUGUUGACAUCCUGCUGUUCUGUGUUUAAUAAUGAUAAUCCAGCCUUGCCACCCUGAUUGUGUGUUUCCUUAUUUUCCCAGUGUACUCUUCUGCCGUAUCAUGGUUUUGUUUUGCUUCCCCCCCCCCCCCACCUUUGAAUCAGUAUUAUAUAAAUGUAAAUAUGAUGCAUUGGUGUAAAUAAAUUUUACUAAAAUUUAGCAAA